CACAUGUUUUAUCUACUUUUACUUUUAUGAACGUAAAUAAGUUCUGAAUAAGAAUAGGCUAAGAAAAUGAGCGAGUGUAAAAAGCCUGGUGAAUUAAUCGUCCAUGCUGAACCGUAUGCACAUGUAUUAGCUUAUAAAGAAGUAGACAAUCGAUGUAGCUACUGUUUCAAGUCUUGUACAACAUUAAAGAAGUGUGCUGCAUGUGGUCUGCUGAAAUAUUGUGAUGUGAAAUGUCAGAAAUCUGAUUGGUCGAUUCACAAGACAGAAUGUCCAUGUUAUAAACAGACUCUACCAAAAAUACCAACAGAUAGCGUUCGUCUGCUACUGCGAAUUGUCAUCCGGCAUCUUAGAGGUGAUGAUGAAAAGUUGGUGCCUGAAGAUCCUGGUUGGAGAUGUUUUUCCGAAUUAGAAUCACAUUGUUUAGAUAUUCAGAGAGACAAGAAACGAUCGGACAUCUUUUCACAGAUGAUGUUUACGUUACAAGAAUUAGUCGGUGAUUUAAUCAAACUGCCGUCUGCUUACCUUCUAUUCUCAAUGUUUGGAAAGAUGGUGAUUAAUACAUUCAGUAUAUGUGAUGAUAGUUUACAAUCAAUUGGAAGUGGUCUUUAUGUCAGCCCAUCACAGAUAGAUCAUAGUUGUCAACCAAAUGCUGUUGCUAUUUUUUCUGGUAAAACUGUUCAAAUCAGAGCUGUAGCAGAAAUCCCUGAUGUGGCACCAGAAAAGCUGUCUUUAAGUUACAUCGAUCAGUUGAGGCCAUCUGCUGAGAGAAUUGACGAACUAGAAGAACAAUAUUAUUUUACAUGUCAGUGCUCCCGUUGUCUUGAUAAAAACAUUGAUGAGGUGAUGUACAGUGUAAAAUGUCCACAAGAAAAAUGUUCUGGUUAUCUGGGAAUAAAAUCUGAUGAUACGUUCAAGUCAUGUUCUAAUUGUGGUGACAUCAACACUGAUCAACAGUAUAUCACCCAAUCACUGAAAACAAUAGAAAUUGUUGAUGAACGAUUGACGAAACUUGAAGAUAUAAAGAAAAAUGGAGAUUGGUCGGGAGUUUUGUCUAUUUGUGAAGAAUGUUUAAAAUCUUUUCACAUUCUGUCCGAGUUAAAUGUUUAUCGAACAAGACUUUUAGAUUUAGCAUUUGAUUCCUGCAUCAACUUAGAAUUAUGGCAGAAAGCCUUGAAAUAUGGUUUACAGACCCUGGAAGCCUACAGAUAUCAUUAUCCAGUAAAUACACCUAAUUUAUCACUACAGUUGAUGAAAGUUGGCAAAAUUCAGCUGUUUCUCGAGAAAACAGAAGAUUCAUUAAAAACUUUACAAGAGGCUGAGACAGGCUUACAGAUCAGUCAUGGUGUAGAACAUAGUUUGUAUCAGGCAUUAUUACAACUUAUAGCACAGGGGACAGAAGAAUUACGACAUAAAAUACGAGAACAAUCCUGAUUCUAAUAAAACUUGUUAUUAAAUAUGUUCACUUUUA